AUGGCGGACAUUGAGCGUGCCACUGCCUCUGUCAAAGCGACAGGCCGAAUCUGGUACCACACCACGCUCUUCAAUGCCUUUAUCAUCGGGGGAGUGGGCUUCAUGGCCCCUGGCCUAUGGAAUGCCAUGAGCGCUCUGGGCGCCGGAGGAGCUCAGUCUCCAUACCUAGUAAACGCAGCAAACGCCCUAGUCUUCGGCCUGAUGGGCAUCCUCUGCCUAGUUGGCGGCCCCAUCGCCAACCGGAUCGGCCUCUCCUGGACCCUCCUGCUCGGCGCCGUCGGCUACCCGAUCUACUCGGCCGGCCUGUACACCAACAACAGGUACGGCAACGAGUGGUUCGUCCUCGUAGGCGCCGUGGCCUGCGGCAUCUCCGCGGGUCUUUUCUGGGCAAGCGAAGGCGCCAUCGCCCUAGGCUACCCGGAGCCGGGGAAGCGAGGCAGGUACAUGAACAUCUGGCUGUGGUUCCGCACCGGCGGUCCCCUCCUGGGCGGCGCGAUCGUGCUGGCGCUCAACAACAACGCCGCGGCCAAGAGGAAGGGCAAGGUCGGGCACCAGGUGUACAUCAUCUUCAUCGCGCUGCAGUGCCUGUCCGUGCCGCUGGCGUACUUCCUGUCGCCGCCCGAGAAGGUGCAGCGUGCGGACGGGAGCAAGGUCAUCAUCCGCGGGGAGAAGUCCUUCAAGGCCGAGUUCCGCGCGCUGUGGCAGGCCAGCAAGCGCAAGGAUGUUAUCCUGUUGCUCCCCAUCUUCUGGGCGGCCUACUUCAACCACAACUUCGGCACCCUGCUGUCGUCGCAGCUCAUGAGCACGCUGCUCGACUACAGGGGGUUCCCUGUCAGGAAGCGCAUCACCGUCGGGUUCUACUACACGAUCGCCCUGCACAUCGUCGCGUGGGUCUACGGCUGGGUCAUCCAGGAGAAGUACACGGCCAACCCGCCCGCAUUCGACUGGGCCGACGCCGGCUUCGUCGAGGGCUUUUUCGUCCUCUUGCUGUGGGACUUUGCGCGCCAGGCGCUGCAGAACUGGCUGUACUACCUGCUCGCAACCAAGACGGACAACAUCUCUGAGCUGAGCCGCUUCUCGGGCAUCCUCAGGGGCCAGGAGAGUUUCGCGCAGGCGGUGGCGUUUGGUCUGAACACCCAGAACUGGCACGGCGGACGCGUACCGCUUAUCGUCAAUACCGCGUUGCUUGUGCUUGCCGUAUACCCAACUUACCUCGUCAUGCGGGACCACGUCCCCGUAGAAGCCGGUCCCAAGGCCUCGGCGGAAGAGGCCAACUUCGAGGAGAACAAGCACAGCACCGAUGAAGGUGUGGAUGAAGGAAAGUCCAAGGUGACUGUCCAGACAGCACAGGCAGAUAUGACUUUGCCGCAAGGGACCGAUCGAUGCAAAUAG